AUGAAUUGUUCAAUUUCCUUAAAAAAUACAAGGUCAUGUUUUGUUAAUAUACCGGAUUCCUUGUUACUGCGGCUGAAUGGGCCUUUACAAGAGUACGCAGCUUGCUUGAAGGUUUCAACAACUAUAGAUGGUGAAGACUCGACAAAUACUUACUUUUUUGGUAUUUCCGGCUUACCUUCUUCCUCUUCAACGCAUGAAAUUGUCGAAAUUGAUUCUGUUUACGCUCAUGUUCUAGGAUUAGCUGAGUCUGAAAGGGUUCAUUUAUUAUUGAUCAAAGUUGAUAAUAUAAUUCAAAAACUCGAGAUAAAACCUGAUACUCCUGACGAUUGGGAAAUUGCAGAACAAAAUGCAAGUUGGCUAGAAAUAAAUUUCUUUAAUAGUUACCGCAUUAUAAGCAGGAACAAGUUUCUUAUCUUUCUACCUUCAGGAACUUCGAUUACGUUCCAGGUGGUGAAUGCUGAACCCAACUUCCAUCAUUGUGGACGUUUGAGUCCCUCUUCAGAAGUGCUCGUUUCUCCAAUCAUUAGAGAAAAGGUAAGUGAAAAUAACUCAGAACUUACUUUAAGGGCUGUGGUUGAAAACGAUCUUGUACCAAAGAACGACACCAUUAGUCCUCCCGAGCUCUGUAUAUAUAUGCCUCGAGUGCUUGAAUGUACAGCAGAUUCUGUCUUUAUAGAACCUUUAAGAUCUAGUUUAUCCUCUCCUUUAGUUGUUCGCGUAAUUCAACUUCCUUUUCAAUGGCCUGGACAAUUCUUCAUAUCGAUAAGUUUAGCUUCGUCUUAUAAUUUUUUCACUGGGCAGCUUUUUAGGAUUUGGCCUGCUAAUAUUGGGACGAUGCCCUCAAAAUUCAGUCUACGCCCGCUGAAUCAACAGAGUACGGAGGAGUCUGUUGUUACUUUAGUUACUUCAAGGAUCAAACAGUCAUAUCUAAUGAAUGGAAUGGAUUUGCAUAUUCCUGAUUUGAAUGCUCUGUACUCGGUAGAGGGUCGCACAGGUUACGUUGAAAAUGAGAAGAACAUUGCUGUAGAGUCCAAUGCUUUGUCCUUCGAUGCAAAUGGAGGAAUUGCCUAUAGUAAAACAGGAAGAGCACCUAACCCUUUCCAAGAGUUAAUGGAUAGCAUUCGAACAUCGACAAAUUUUGGAUACAAUGUUUUAGUCAAUGGCAUUAAGGGAUCAGGUAAAACAACUUUAUUGAGAUCUUUAUUUCAAAACUGCUGCUCUUCUACUGUGUUUCACACUGAAUAUAUUUCCUGUACUGACCUGAGCUUAACUUCAUUUAGUAAGUUUGCAGGAUUUUGGGACGAACUGAUAUUUAAAUCGGUAACAUAUGGUCCCACUGUCAUUUUUUUGGACGAUUUUGAUAUUUUUUGGAACUCUGAAAAUGAAAGUGAUGAAUUGUCAUUUGUUUCAGAAAGGCAGGUUCAGUACUUUAUUGAAAGGCUAUCAUAUCUAAAGUCUGAGAAAGAUGUUAUGAUAAUUGCAACUGUUCAGAAUUUUGCCAAACUACCCACUGAUUUGAAAUCACGGUUUUUUUUUCAACAGCGCGCGUCUAUCCCUGCGAUGGCGUAUAAAGGUCGUGAAGAGAUGCUGAACUUUUUCUUAAAAAAUUUAAAUCAAGCUCUCCCAAAAAAUUGUUUGCAGACUAUGUCAAAAAAGACCGAUGGUUUUACCCUUCUGGAUCUAUCGCUAGUAACAAAACGUGUAUAUAGUGAACUAGCUUUGCUAGAUUCACUGGAGGAUAUUGGUAAAGUCAAUGAAAGCAUAGAAUCUGUCCUGAAAGGAUAUGUUCCAUUACAUACAAGAAAAACACAGUUUGUCAAGUAUGACAUUGACUGGAAUAGUGUCACGGGAAUGCAGGAUGCUAAACUGGUCUUGCAAGAAAUUAUAGAAUCCCCAGUGAAGUACCAUGCUAUUUAUAAACAAUGUUCUUUACGACUUCCUACUGGAGUCCUAUUGUAUGGGUACUCAGGUUGCGGUAAAACACAUCUGGCGUUUUCUAUUUCAAAUGCAUUUCCAGUGCAGUUAAUUAGCAUCAAAGGCCCGGAAAUUUUGGAUAAGUAUAUUGGAAGUUCAGAACAAGCAAUUAGAAAUUUAUUUGAAAGGGCACAGUUAGCUAAACCCUGUGUGCUGUUUUUUGACGAAUUUGAUUCCAUCGCACCACGAAGAGGUCAGGACAGUACCGGUGUUACGGAUCGUGUGGUAAAUCAACUUCUUACUCAGUUAGAUGGCGCUGAACAAUAUGAAGGUGUUUAUGUUGUGGCGGCAACAACUCGGCCUGACAUGAUUGAUCCUGCAUUGUUACGUCCGGGUCGGUUGGACAAGUUGGUAUUUUGUGAUCUACCAGAUGAAAAGGAAAGAAUGGAGUAUUUUAUGAAUAUGCUGGACAAAUAUCAGAUUGCUGAUAAGUCAUUCGUGUGUGACCUAGUCCCCCAAACAGAUGGCUACUCAUACGCAGAUCUAUCCGCUAUAUUCACAGAGGCUCAUCUAAUUGCCGUACACCAAUACUUGGAAAAAGAAAAAUUAUUUCCCUUAGAGGAAGACGGUUUUAAGAAUCCAGCGGAUUUGUCUAGAGAGAAUGUGACGGACACAACGAUGUUAACCUCGGGGAAUGAAGAAACGACCCGUGGUUUAAGGAAUUUUGAAAUUAAUAAAGAAUGUAUUAUCAACGCCUUCAAGAAUACCAACUCUAGUAUAUCUGAGGAGGAGUACAGCAAGUUGGCGUCCAUUUAUAAACAGUACGCGUAUACCGGUUUAAAUAUAAAAAAAGAAAAUGUCAAAAAUACUGGAUCUAAAACACGACAAGCAUAA